GGGAGCAGAUGCGGUGACCGCGGCGGCGUUUGUGUCGGCGUGGUGUGGUACCGUAUAAAAAGAAAAUGUAUGAUUUCAUAAUGCAUGCAGCCCAUGUAUGCAGCCCAAACAGCUUCGCUGAUAAUCCGUCCCCAUAUGAAUGUUGCGGCCCCACGAAUUUUAUUUUAUUCCUACUUUCCAUCGACGGUAUAGUCAACACGUGCCAGAAAGUAUGCGCAACUGGUGCGCGCUGACUUGAACAUUUCGCAGACUCACGGCCCCGGAGUGUGCGCGAGGUGACAGCCUUUUGAACCCCUAGCGGAGAAAAAAAAAAGCCGCACUGCCAGCCGAUCACUUGGUUCUCGCGCAUCGGCACAGCUGUCCAGCGUCCGACGCCCGAAGGAGCGCGGAACAUUUUGCGAGGCGCCCGUGCAAGGCAAGACGCGCGCAAGGUUAGGUUACCUGACGAAAUGUCCUACCUUCAGCGUCAAAACCUUAGAGAAUUGUCGCUGUCAAGGCCACGAUGAGCCUCGUGGUCGGCGACCUUGAUAAUGACGGCGAGGGAGAACGCAUUGUCAUCGAGCCUUAUCACUCCUCGUCAUUGCUGAGCUCGGAGACAGCGCUGCUGUUUCUCUCCGUGGCCAUCCUGGCUGCGGCGACGGCCUGCUGCUGGUGCGGCUUCUACGUUGCCUCAAAGCGCAGGCGAUUCUCCGCCUACCUUCACCAGCUACACGCGCCGUCCGAAGCCUCGACAUCGACAGAAGCCGAGGUCAAGACGCUACCGCGGCUUUCGUCGGCCCACAACCUAGUUUACGCGCACUACCUGCAGCCACACCUGAACACCGGUGCCCCACCUCUUCCCCCUCUUCCCCAGCUGCAUACGUCCCUGGAAAUGGACUGCCGGCCUCCGGGCUUCAAACACAUCCACUGUCAUUAUGUCUCGUAGCACAGGCUUGCUCUCUUACUAUGUGCCAAUGACCGACCAGUUUUCGGUUUUAUUUUAUCGCCAUUCGUCUCGUUUGUUUGUUCGUUUUUACCACAGUGGCGUGUUUUUAGUACAUAGCUCUACCAAUAAAAAUGAGGUUCCAACUGUUCA